AUGAAUUUUUUUGAUAACUAAAUAAAUAUAUAAUUUGGUGGUUGUUAUAAAAGCUAAUCAAGUUGCUAAUUAGAAUGGAAAUAAUGUUUAGAAUAAUCAUGCUAUAUUUGUAUUGAUGGCUGGCAAAUGAUAGACAAUAGAUGUUAUCAAAUAUGUGAAGAUGGUUAAUUGGCUAUUUCUUCUUAAAAAUAAUGCAAUGAUGGAUGUUAUAAUCCAUAUGACAGAUGUUAUAAUUUUAAAUUUGAAUGUGAUCAAAAUUGUUUUUCAUGUUCUACUUCUAAUCUAGGUUUAUUUUGUGAAAUCAAUUUUGAAAUGGAUGAGUAUAAUAAAUGUAAACCAAUAUGUGGAGACGAAAUUAUUGAGUAAGGAUUAGAAAAUUGUGAAGAUUUUAAUGAUAUUUAAUAUGAUGGUUGCUAUUAAUUUAUGUUUUAAUGUGAAAUUAAUUGUUCUAAGGGUAACUGCUAAGAAUGUGUAGACGGAAAUGAAUAUUAGUAGAAGGAUGUUAAAAAAUAUUGA